AUGUUCUCCGUCUCUACAAGACUCUCGAAGACCUCCCAUUUGGCAUUGCCACGCAUUUUGCCACCACACAGGAACAGCGUCAGCUCUCUGUCCAGAAGCAGUCAAGUUCUGAGAUCUCAGCGGUUUCUGAGCACUCAGACAGGGACAUCAGAAUACCCGGACGAAGGCAAGGGUUACCAGGAAGUGAAGACGGAGGAACCUCGACACCAGCGUCUAGAUGGACCGGGAGGGCAACCUUACGUUGCGGGUAGAAACAAGGGCUUCACACCGAUUCUAGCAGGCCUUUUUACUGUUGGUGUUGGUCUCACGGCAUAUGGACUAUGGGAGGUCUACUCUAUAAUGCACAUGUGGCCUCAGGACAUCCGUGCCGAUUUGCGUGCAGGUUUGCUGGCCAAGAGGAAAGGAGAUCUCAGUAUCGCUGCGCAAUAUCUCUACCGCGCAUGGCAACAGACCAAAACACUCCCGCUGUCUGAUUUCGGGCCAGACCCGCUGUUAAAGACCACUGGAAUCGGGAUAACGCUUAGCGGGAUUCUUGAACAAGCAGGCGCUGUUGCGGAGGCGUACGACAUCUAUGAAGACGUAUUCUGGACCAUGCGCACCGCUCACCUGCCCAAAGCAAAGUCCACAUCCAAAGUCAAAGGCGCAGGUCCCGAGGACGGCGAGGUCGAAGUAGAAGUAGAAGUCGAAGGCGGACUGCCUCCAUCCACUCGGGAUACGCGUCCUGACCUUGGGGUGGAGACCUUAAAAGGCAUGACAAACGCAGACAAGAUGCGUGCGGUAGCGCUCUCAUAUAAGCUUUCCGAACUCGCGCACGCGCUGAAACGCCCUCGGGCGGAAGAAGAGCGUUGGCUUGUCUGGAGCGUCGAGGCAAUCCUGCGCACCAUCAUUGAUACCCCGCCCGUUGCAGCUGUCGAGGUUGUGCACACUGUGGGUCAGGGCGAGGGAGCUGGUAGACUUGGAGCCAUGCGCGGUGGCGAAGACGCAGGUCGGCCAGAGGUGAAAGUUCUGGUCGAGCAGUUAGGCUUGCCGGUCUGGGUGAUGAGACACGACAUAGCUGCGCCAUUUGAGGCGUUGGGUACUUUCUACGCCGAGGAGGGCAAUGUACCCUUCGCGCUCCCUCUCUAUCUACAGGCUAUCGCCAUCCUCAUUCCUCCAGCGCCGACCGUAACGCCCGUCGAGGACAAAUGCCGCGGUGCUCAGCUGAUGGGGAACAUCACCGAACUGCUCGUGCGCAACCUGACACGCGCGACCGCCACGCUCGAAGCCACAUCACAAGCCGAAGCUUGGGCGCGCAAAGGACUAGAAACCGUCAUGGCCGCGCGCAAGGCAAGCCCAAUCAGACACGACGUGUGCGAGGAGGCGUUGGUGGCACUUUUAUACAACGUCGCUAUGGUCCGGGAGCUCGCGGGAGACGAACCGCGCGCUCGUGCGCUGCUCUCCGAGUCGCUGGAGCAGGCCCGCAAGAUCGACAUGCAAGAAGGUAUUCAACACGCGUCAGAGGCGCUGAAACGACUCGAUACCGGUGCUGAUACUGUCAAGCCGGUUGUUGUGGAUCGGCUAGUCGACAACAAGGAUGUUUGA